UUAGGUGCAGUCUUAAUCGUAACUACACAAUUAGAUCGUACGUAAACAGAUGUUUUACAUACUAUAUUAUAAUAUUGCAUCGUUCAUGAACAACGUUCACAGUUCACACUGUUUUCUUUAAUUCUUUAAAGUACCUUUUAUUCCAGUGUGCGUUUUCUGAUACCCGACAAGCAUUUGUGACAUCAUGUUCCGACAAAGCCGACAUGAUUCGUUAAACGAUUUUUUUGUCGUGGAAACCGAAGGACCAGACGGUUUGUUCUAUCAUGGAACGGUGGUGGAUGCCGACGAAAACGAUAUCCUGCUUGUUGACCACCACUUGCCAAACGUGCCUCCGAUUAUGACACUUUGUUCUCUCGCAUUUAAGUGUGAUCCCCGAGAUUUCCUCACCAGCACUACGGACACUUUGGACGCUGUAGACGCUUUUAUCAUAACACAGCUAUGCGAAGAUAUGCCGUGGGUGUGGUAUCCCGGUAGGUUGUUGGCAGUGAAUUGGCCGGCGUUUGCUGUUGUUAAGACCGAAAUCUUUGGCGAGCAAAAGAUGCGUGUUGUUCCCUGUGAUCAUGUCCGUCUGGCCAACCAUCCACGAAUUCCAGUUAUACAGUGCUUCACUUAUGUGAAAGCAUCCUUUCUUCUCCCGCAGUCAACGCUUUUUCGGCAAACUGAGGAGUUUAUGAAGUUGUGGAACAAUUAUUUCGACAAGGAACGAAGCAAACAAGGGAAAGCCGUUGCAGUCGCCGAUGGACAGGUCAUAUGCUUAGGAAGCCAGUACUGGAUAGACAAAGUCAAAGCACGGAUAGCAUGUAAUGAUAAGUACGGCGGGCGUUUACUGGAAACCCUUAUGGUGGACGCCGAAACUAAUGUAUGGCGUCAGAAGCAAGUACCCCUGGACCAGGCAACGUCACUAAUGAUGGAUACAACCCCCGAAUGCAAAUCCCUUACCGAGUAUCCACCAGAUAGGAACAUUAUCAACACCUUGCCAGAUGCAGUUCUGGGAAAAAUCUUUGCCUUUGUGGAUGUAUGUGAGCAAUCACGCAUUCGUAGGGUGUGCCGGUUGUGGAGCAGACUCCUGCCGCUGUGCACCACCCUGAAUCCGCAAUCAUUAGCUUUUUGUGUUAACGGGCCGCGAUUUCCAGGAGACACCGAUCGGAUAUUGAAAUUUGCAUCUUGUUUGUGUCAGUAUUAUUCGGAACAGGUGAACGACAUUGUUUUAUUGGGCAAUGCUAGUGAUGGCGGGGCGUUUAACGAUUUUAUACAGGUUUUGGUGACAAUGCAGGGAGUUUUGAAAAGGCCUCCGCUCAGACGACUGAUAGUGUCUACAGUUGACCUUUCAAAUAAUACUACCUCAAACGGUGUACUAGUGAAUAGCCUUCUUUUAGCAGCACACCCGUGUUCUCAUUUGGGAUGCGAAGAAUUCAUCAUUGAUUGUGGGUAAACCAGAUCUGCGGAUGCAUCGGACCAGUGUAAUGCCAAUUGUUCUAAUUACUUGCGCUUUGAGGCUUGAAUAUUUUGUGAUACUGUCAUACUGCGAGUCUGCGACACUUUGUCAUCUUAACCUCUGCUCUUAUAAUAGCAUUCCAAAUUUUGUAUGCACGCAUCCACGUUGUCGAGCGCGUAUUGUAUAGCUAUGAACCCGUCGCUGUGUGAAUAGAAGUAAGUAAAAGAUGCAUAGUAUCAUAAUAUAA